AUGGCGACGAGCGUGCGCAUCUCCAGCGCCGGCAGCAUCGAAGGCUACGUCGCUGUCGCACUCAGACACCUCAGAGAGAAGCGCACGGCACUCUCCUUCUCCAAUGCGACCGCCGACAGCUCGGCAAGCGUCAAAGGCAAGACAAGAGCGCGAGCAGAUCAGCUCGAGCACAAGACGUUGCACAAGCUCAUCACAGUCGUCGAGCUCGUCAAGAGAGAGUAUACCCUGUCCUUCCAGCCACAGCCACAGCAGGAGGGCGUGCCAAUCCAGCUCGCGUCCCCUCCCAGCAGAGCAACUAAGCUCGCGCUCGGUACCGUGAACACUUCAGGCAAGCGUCGAACUCACACCAAGCAACGCCUGGCCAAGGAGAAGCCAGAGCUAGCUGCCAAGGCUCUAUCUCGACUCCCUAACAGGCUGCAUCAGUACACACUCCUGCGCUCACUGACCCCAUUGCCUCGGUCGAGUGGCGACGCGAUCUUGAACGACGCUCUCGGCAAAGUCUCGGCAGAAGAGAAGCCAAAGCGUACUUCAUCGCCCGAUGACGAUCAAGAGUCUCCCAGAAAGCGUGCAAAGACUUCGCACGCCGACAUGGAUGCGGAAGGCGAAAGUGAUGAUCAGGCCUUGCUCAUUGAGAGAGAUGCGCUCCUGCACGACGUCGUCAGAGACAGCAAAAAGAGACCACGCAUGUCCCACCGGCCGGCUCUCGAGAUCAUCCUCUCAGCCUGGCCACUCGAAGAGAUACCACAAGCUGAUGAUGCAGUCUCGAUCACACACCAGAAGCCUCAGGGCGCCAAGCGAACGCAUCGCUCCCGUACUCAACGGCGCAAGCUCAGAGAUCGCAUCGCCCGCGACGGGCUCGUCAACGUCAAUGCAGCCGGAUCCUGA